AGUGGUAAUUUUAGUUGGGACCGAUGGAGAUGAGAGAGAGAGGUAGAGAGAGAGUGAGAGGGGGAAGAGAUGGACACAAGCCACGAACAGGACGGACAACACUGGGUCGUGAGCAUGCAGGAUCUCGCGGAAGAAGCCAGCAGCGGAGGUUUCAGCAAGUGGGACAGAGGCAAAUGGGUCAGAGGGUAUACGCCAUUUAUAAUCCUAACAGGAAAAGCAGGAAUGGAACCAAGUUUAGGUUUGUGAGAUUCUUGGAUGUCAAGAACACGAGGGAGCUAGAAAAGAAUCUGGAUCAUAUAUGGAUAAGAGGCAGGAAAUUAUGGGUGAAUCUCCCAAGAUAUGAAGAAGGGAAGAUUGAAAAAAUGGGGAGUAGGUAUCGUCAAAUUGCAGAACCAAUAACCCAACAGAGAAGUUAUGCCGAGGUGGUGAAGGGCCAAACAGAGAAGAAACAAAUGGAGGAAGGAAGAACACGUUUCAGAAAACAAGAAGAAAAGAGACCGAGGAGGAACACAAGCAGAAACUGUUCCAAUUAGCGAAGUGUAGAAAAUAGGACAGUUUGGCAAGAAAAAGGAAUGGGAGAAAGCUGGGCGGGCUUAGAAUAUAAUGCCAAACUGGAAGAUUAUGUAUAAACUAACAUUAUAAUU